ACCGCAGCCAGCCACUGAAUGAGGCGAGCCAUGCGCCUCGGUGGCCGCUUCAAGUCGCCCACCGCCUUCCAUUUUCCAACUCCCCUCGCGCAGCGCACGACCAGGAUGACCUCCACCAAGCCCACGACGUGGUUCAGUGAGACCGAAGCCAUGUGGCCCGGCCAGAAGUUCUGCCUCGCGCAGGAAGAAGUGCUGUACCACGGCAAGUCGGACUUUCAAGACGUGCUCGUGUUCAAGUCGCAAACGUACGGGAACGUGCUCGUGCUGGACGGCGUGAUCCAGUGCACGGAGCGCGACGAGUUCUCGUACCAAGAAAUGAUCUCGCACUUGCCGCUGUACUCGCAUGCGAACCCCAAGUCGGUGCUCAUUGUCGGCGGUGGCGACGGAGGUGUCGCUCGCGAAGUCGCCAAGCACACGGGCGUGGAAAAGAUUGUCAUGUGCGAAAUCGACCCCAAGGUCACGGAAGUGUCCCGCGUGUACCUCCCCAAGAUGGCGUCUGCAUUGAACGACCCCCGCUUGACGUUGCUCUUCCAAGACGCUGCCGAGUACUUGCGGUCGGGCGAGUGCGGCAAAUUUGACGUGAUCAUUGUCGACUCGUCCGAUCCGGUCGGCCCCGCCGAAGUCUUGUUCCGCUCGGAAUUCUACGAAAACCUCAAGAACGCGUUGAACCCGAACGGCAUCGUGUGCACGCAAGGCGAAUGCUUGUGGCUCCACUUGGACCUGAUUGCCGACGUGCUGGGCCGUGUCGGUCAAUUCUUCCCGACCGUCCAAUACGCAUACACGACGAUUCCGUCGUACCCGUCGGGACAAAUUGGAUUCGUGCUGUGCUCGUUGGACGAGUCGGUCGACACAUUGAACAAACCGAAGCGCCUUGUCGACGCCAAGACCGCCGAAGGACUGUCGUACUACAGCUCCAAGCUUCACGAAGCCGCCUUCGUCUUGCCUGCUUUUGCCGAGAAGAAGGUCGCGCCCGUGCGCAAGUCCAUCCGCUCGUAAUCGACUGUCGUGUGUUUAAUAUACCAUAUCCUCGCGAUCGAGUUGGUUUCGAGUUGGCAUCGG